UUGCCAUGUCUGACGCGGCAGCCUCCAAGUGUCCCAUUUCCUGGAGGCAGGGCUUGUUCCCUGCAUAAAAAGCCAGCUGGCUGGGGAUGCCACAGCAGAUCCUAGUGGCCACACAGCCUGCUCUUCUCUGAACACCAGGACCAGCUGCCACAGAAACAUGAGUUCUCAGCAGCAGAAGCAGCCCUGCACCGUACCCCCUCAGCUGCAGCAGCACCAGGUGAAGCAGCCUUGCCAGCCUCCACCCCAGGAACCCUGUGUCCCCAAAACCAAGGAGCCCUGCCAGCCCAAGGUGCCGGAGCCCUGCCACCCCAGAGUGCCUGAGCCCUGCCAGCCAAAGGUGCCGGAGCCCUGCCACCCCAAGGUGCCAGAGCCGUGCCACCCAAAGGUGCCGGAGCCCUGCCACCCCAAGGUGCCGGAGCCCUGCCACCCCAAGGUGCCAGAGCCCUGCCACCCCAAGGUGCCUGAGCCCUGUCCAACCGUCACUCCAGCACCAGCUCAGCAGAAGAUGAAGCAGAAGUAGCGUGAUCCACAGUCACGCCCUCCAGGAGAGGAGCACCGCGUGCUGAGCAGCUUCUUCCCAUUCUGCUCAGAGGUCCCGUUAGUGACCUGCAGUCACAGCCCCUCCUCAGUGGCACCCUAACCUCACGACCCGUGCAGCUUUCCUUCCCAUGCACUGUAGGAAGUAGGAAGCCUCCAGGCAGGCUGACAGUGUUGGCUCCCGAGCCAGUUUCCAGCUGCUCAGAAUUCAUCUGAAGACCGAUCUGUGGUGCAAACAACUGAAUCGCGUUUGUUUUGCCUUCAUUAAAUUCACUUUUAAUUCCA